AUGGCUGUCAGCAUGACCAUGGGGCGAGACACCAAAUGGCUGACCCUGGAAGUGUGUCGUGAGUUUCAGAGAGGCACCUGCUCGCGGUCGGAUGCCGAAUGCAAGUUUGCUCACCCCUCCCGGAGCUGCCAUGUGGAGAAUGGCCGAGUCAUCGCCUGCUUUGACUCUCUCAAGGGUCGCUGCACACGGGAAAACUGCAAAUACCUGCACCCACCUCCACACCUGAAAACCCAGCUGGAGAUUAAUGGGAGGAACAACCUAAUCCAACAGAAAGCCGCAGCAGCCAUGUUGGCUCAACAGAUGCAGUUCAUGCUGCCUGGAGCACAGCUGCAGCCCAUAACAACAUUCCCAGUGACUCCUUCCCUGGCAACAAGUCCCAGUAUGGCCUUCAGUCCAUAUCUCAGCCACAUGGCUCCAGCCAUGGGCUUGAUGCCUGAGUUGCUGCCCAGUACUCCCCUGCUGGUCCCUGGGAGUCCCACUGGCCUGGCAGCCAUCGGCAAUGGCACACCCGCACAAAAACAUGUGCGUACAGAUAAGUUGGAGGUUUGUCGGGAGUUUCAGCGUGGUAACUGCACACGAGGAGAGAGUGACUGUCGCUAUGCUCAUCCUCUGGAGGCUGGCAUGGUGGACUGCAGCGAGAACUCUGUCAUUGUCUGCAUGGACUACAUUAAGGGACGGUGCAGUCGAGACAAGUGCAAAUACUUUCAUCCCCCCGCUCACCUGCAGGCCAGGAUCAAGGCUACACAGCAUCAAGCCAGUCAAAACACAGCGUCCACAGCCUUGACUCUGCCACCAGGUGCAGUGCAGCCGCUACCAAAGAGGUCGAUCUUAGAGAAAAGCAACGGAGCUGCUGCCACAGUCUUCAACCCCAGCAUGUUUCACUACCAGCAAGCCCUGGCCAACAUGCAGCUUCAACAACCAGCCUUUAUCCCCACGGUAGACGCCUCAGAGCUUCUGACUCCUGAUCCGGUGGAGCUGCAAUGUGUUCCCAUGGAAACCCAUUUCUGUCCCGUCCCCAAACUGCUGGUGGCGGCUCCGAUGGCACUCAACUCAGUAAGCCUUUCCCGAAACCCCAGUUAAAGCCCCUGAAAGCUGUGCGCUCACAGGGCUGUCAUUUCUCUGAAUGCAGCAAACACGUGCCUAACCUUCAGUGCACACUGGCUGAGCGAUGUGAAACUUACUUUGAGAUGUUCAGUUCAGAACGCAAUACAAGCCUGGACGUAUUACUGUUGAUUUACUGCAGCCAUCCUGAUGCAUACAGACUUGAAGACCAGGCUGAGCAAUAGAGCUCUCUUGUUCUCACAGCCAUACACGCCCACACCUUAAAAAGUACACACACAGACACACACACACACACACACACUUAUUUGAGACUAAAUGCCCUUUAUGGGUUGGAGCCAUAAGGCAACCCAACACAUUUGACUGUUCUAAAGUCAGAAACUCUGAAAAACCAAUAAUAGAAAUCCAUAUGUACGUCCGUUACACAUCAUUAAAAUGAAAGAGUAUUUCAUAUCAUUCACGUUUACGUUCCGAGAUGACUAUGAAAUGUAAGAUUUGAGUAGUACCAUGUUUAUUACUCUAUGGUCUUUACUCUCAUCUCAUCUCUGAAAUGUCAGUGAGUUAUUUGUUUGUUUGUGCCUUUGAUUUAUCUGCUGCAGAGGAGACAAGAAAAAUGUUUUAAUGUACAAUUAAAGACAAAAUAUCUGUUGUUCCAAAAAUACUGUAUAUCAUCUUAUACAGUAGCUCUUUUUUUUUUUAAGAAAAAAUAGUUGCUACAUUGGCCACCAUUUUCAGUUUUUAUUGCUUCACAAAAUUUUGAAUUUUCAUUUUUCAAUCAGAAUCUAAUAUCACUGACUUAAAACAAAUGCAAAUUAGGUUUUCAAACUUAAACUAAUGAAUAUGGGGUUGCAACAGUGAGAUUUUUAUGGUGCAACAGAAAACAUGAUAUACAAGUCAAGUCUAAUUGAACUUUAUUAGUCCUCAGUGGAAUAGGUGUUAAUGCAGUGGCAGCAAUAACAGUCAUGAUACAACAGUAGGAUACUAAAUAAGAUCAUGCAAAGUGUUGUUUAGACAAAACUGAUAAAAUGAUUAGAAUGAAAACAAAGAUUGAGUAGAAACUUGAAAGAUAAAACUAAAAACACAAUUUUUACUACAACAAUUAUUGCAGUGACCGUUAAAGGAAUAAAGACAGAAGAAAAUGCAAUUUGUUUGUAAAAAGUUUCCCUUUUGAAGUGAUCAGCAUGCUGUGUAUCUCUCAUUUGCAUAAAAGCAAUGAUAAGUAAAAAUUAAGCAUCAACCUUAAAAGUUAAUCUCACAACUAUUCUGUCUUUGCACUCAGAUGUGAGUUUAGAUACACAAAUGUACACAGUAUGACAUCACUGCAACCCUAAAAUAACUUGAAACUAACGUAAUAUUAAAGGGGCUGAGUUGAGCGACUUUCACAAUGUUCUUGAUAUAAAAAGCCCUCAAGGUCAUGAUUAUUUUGAGUAAUCAAACACACUGGUCAUGAUGUCUGAUUAGUGAUUUGAUAAUCAGUUGUGCUUGAUAAUUGUCUGUUUGAUUGGGAAUCUAAGCAUCACACUAGAUCAGAAACCGUGUAAAAGACUGACAAUCUGAUGUUUUACCUUCUUAAAACAUUUAGUCUACAAAACCUGAUCUGAUUUAACAUGAAAUCCUAAUGAAGACAGUGUGUUUGAGGGUCAGGUAAGAUUACAUACAUUUAAAGUGGCACCUCUGGAGUUGUUUCACUUGAUGUCAGACGUUUUGCACAAGAUGGAAGCUGGGUUUGUUUCCAGCUGUGUCCAAACUCUGUGCCAUGUGGUGGUAAACACAAGGAGUUGCAGCGUUAAAUGCAAAGCCCAGACAAUUCUUCCACAUAAUUGUUUCCCUCUGCGUCUUUUAAAAAGUGCAGUUUGUGUAACGAGGCUUAAUACGUGGCGCAAGAUUUUUAAUGUGUGUGGCUCAUCAGGGAGAAGCUGAGAACUUGAAAAUGUCCCGUCUGACUUAAAAAUGUUGUCUUUCUACUCUCUUGUUUUUUUUAUUUUUUAUUUGUAUUUUUUUAUUUGUCAGAAGUCAUUAGACUCUAAAUACAGUUGCCACCGUUGUUUCAAACAGAAAAACAAAUGGCCAAAAAAAAAUCAGAAUCUGAAUUAUCAGUUUGAUCCAAAUUGAAAUGUGCCUCUAUCGAGUCUCCUUAAACUAUCACAGUCAGUGCAGAGUAGGAAUGGAGCAGUACUCAAAGACAGAUUAUUAUUAUUAUUAUUAUUAUUAUUAUUAUUAUUAUUAUUAUUAUUAUUAUUAUUAUUAUUAUUAUUAUUAUUACUGCAAUAAAUUACAUCUCUGAUAUAAUUUCUUCCCUGAGGCAGCUGUGCUGUCUGUUUGUUCAUGUAAAAAUGAACACAGUGAUGUUUUUUUUUUUUUUAGCUUAUGUAAGAAUCAACAAAUCACAUAUUUGGUUAGUUGUAAAUGCUGCAGAUAUAUCAGCAUCUCCCACUGAACAUUAUUCAUUUUAGAUAAUGUUAUUGUGUUGUGAAUGUAUCUAAUGCAAAAACUGAACAUGGCCUUCAGAAUGAGGCCCAUGUUGAAACGUAACAAUUCACUAUAUAUAGACUAAUUCUGAGGUCACAUAGCUGAUACUGUGUUAAGACAUUAAACUAAGUGUAUUGUUAUAUAGAUUUAUAUUUAAUGUCAGUGGGUUGUGUGAGUACUUUUAGAAAUAUCUUUCACUCUCAGAAAAGGUAGAGCAGAGUCGUACUUUUUGAAGUACAAGUAUACACUGUACAGGUACAUUACAGUACCCUUUAUCGUCAGUUUUUGUACCCCUACCUUCAAAAGUACCCACAGUGCCCAGAGUACACCUGGCUCCCUGAAAUCCUAGUUUCUGACAGUUCUCAGUCCUUUAUGGAGGAUGUAUGUAAACAGCAGCUGACGUGUGACGCAGCCAUUCAGGAGGAGAUAUUAGUGCUUCAGUGGAUUCACUCCGGUGGACACUGACACAGUGUUUUUACUGAAGUAAUACAGAUCACUCUACAUCCUCAAGUAUCAGCUACUGUUUAUAUCUUUGUGACAUCAAACUGUACAAUAUGGAGUCUCAUUUCCACCACUGUGAUGGAAAAAGAUCAAUCAAAUCAAUCAAAAUAAUCAUCUUAUAAUAUUUACUUAAUAGUAAUGAUUUCGUUCUAAAACAAAUAACAAGGUACAUUCUGAAAUUAAUGAGUUUUUCAAAACUACUAAACCAGUAUCUCAAAACAGCUAGUGUUCCAGGAUAAUAAUGGGUAAAUAUCAUUUCAAGAUUUCAUUUCUUUUCUUAAGGCAACGAAACUGAAUGUAAACUAUAUGAACUCUUUCCUUGCAAUAAUGAGCUAAAGAUUUUGAUGUGUUCUCUCAUUACAAUGAUGCAGUUUUGAAAAAUUAGGAGUUUUUAAAAAAUAAUUUGAGUAUGUCAAAAAUAAUUAGCAUAUUCACAGUAAUCAGGCACAUUUACAUCUAAUAUUGUUCAAUACAGAUGUUCAUUAAUGUGCAUUGUCCCUACCCAAUAAAGUAAUAAAUAAAUAGAUAAAUAAAAUAAAUACUGAAUUUUUCAAAGUUAAUGGCAGUAUAUUAAUGAGCUAAUAUCUCAAAAAUCUUCUCUUGUUCUCUCAUAAUUGUAAGAUAGCAUCUCACGACUUGAUAUGUUUUCUCUAAAUAAUGAAAAAGUAUCUAAAUGUUUUGACUUAGUGCCUCAAAACAAAAAGGUAAUAUCUUAAAAUUUUUGAAACUAAUGAAACUAACUCAAACAUUUGACUUGACUCCUGAAAAUAAUGAGAUGGUAUGUUAAAAUUAUUUAGACCUAUAAAGACCUAGUAUCUGAAAAUAAUGUCAUUAUUUUAGAAUGCAAAGUCAGAAUUAUUAGUGUAUUCAGAAAAACUAUAUCAUUAUGUAAUAUUAAGUCAAUAAUUUGAUGUGGCGGAUCCUCUUUUAUUCCCAACACAGUGGUGAAAUGGGUGUCUGUUGUACAAAGCCAUUUUGUACAUCUGUAAUUAAAAAGAGAGAAAAGAAAUGUCACUUUUCAGUUCAACAUCGACUUCUUUAUCCUCUAUUUAAGUGUGUUGAGCAGCUGCAGUGACAACAUUUUCUAAAGUCUUUGACAUGUUUUCGCAGAGAAGUUUCUUUAUCAUUCAGUGACUUUAACCGAGUGUUUGUUCAGACAAGAUAUUUGUCUGAGAUUUGAAAGGCUGGCUUUGUCCAGGUGAGAAACCCCUCCCCCCACCCCACAUCAUUAUGCCUUCACGAACUGCUGUCCAGCUGCAAAAAAGAAUACUUGAUUAAUAAACUGUGCCUCUGAGGGCACGUGAAUUUUUAGAGGUAUGUUUCGAUGCACAAGAGCAUAUUAGCUUGGGGAAUUGUGAUGUGGCACGAAAAAAAGGUUUUUACCUCUUUCCCUUUCUCAUAUUCCUGUACUUGAUUUCCUUUUGGCCCCGCUUUAUUUCAUUGUGCAGAAAUGAAUCAAAAGUCAUAAUUAUGCAAAAUGCUCUGAUCAUUAAUGCAGGAUGAUCAGAUCUUUUAGCAUGUGGACACUUAAUUCAGUCCAGAGCAUAAACAGAGGGCCUUAUUUCUCGAUCAUUGUAUAAAGAUGUAAUAGCUGUGUAUGAAAAUUACAUGUAUUAAUGGUAAGUUUAACUUUUUUUUUUACAUAAAAAACACAGCAUGGAAAUAAUAAAAAACAUUUAUACAUAGUUAAUAGUUUGUGUAGACCAACCACAAAAAAGGUAUAUGAAAAUCUACAUUUGUAUACAAUGAUGGAGUCAUUGUUAAUGGUAAUAGUUGAUGUUGCUAUGGCAGCAAAAUGACAACAUGGCUACCUUUCUAUUAUCCACUUAAAAUAAUGAACUACACUAACUUAUUGAAAAAGGGAAUGUCUAAAUGAUUUGUCUUGUAUUGCAAUGUGAUUAAAUAUUUUGUAUGGAAAACUUAAAUCCUUGUAAUAUCCAAAGGUCCUUAGGGGAGAUCAGGUGUUUAUUUUGUUUUGUUUAUUUGACCUUAAUUUUUUGUUUGGUUGGUUGGUAUUUUGUUCCUGUACAUGGUGUUUUUGGAAAAUAAGAAUGGAUUUUAGCUUUUAAAGCAAACACCUUUCUGUCAGGGAGGUAAAGAGGCUUUUGGACUGAAUGACAGACCUGAACUCUUCAUCUCUUUACGUAAAAUCUCAUGGGCGUGAUAUAAAGACUUUAAACUUUAUAUACAGUACAGUCUGUGGUUCACCAACUGAACACCCGCUCAUCUCUGUGUGAGGAGGUGGGCGUUCAUUAGUCAGUUCAGUUUCGGUUUUGGUCCAGAGGUCUCUUCGUGCCCAGCUGUGCUGGGUGAUGUCAGUCCUUGCUGAGGUGUAGACGAAUGUGUGACGUUCACCUUGUUUGCACUUAUGUACAUAACUAUGUCAAAAUACUCAAAAUUUAUUUUGAAUAAAUAUAGACAAAAGAGUUGAUUAAAAAUCAAUGUAUUGUUAAUGAUAUGAUAAUGUCUAUCAUUUUUGUUUGUUUAACAAGAUUGCCUCAAGGGAUCUGUAUUUUGUUUAUUUGUUUUUUGUUGGUUUGCUAGAGCCCUGUUUGUUGCCAAGCAUGACAUUGCCUAGCUGUAAGCCAUGAAUGAUUUUCUUUAAAGAAAGCUUUCUUUUAGUUCAUUUCAAAUGCAUUUUUGUCGAGUAGUAUCUGAUUCUGAAAUCACACAGAAGAGGCCGAGAAAAAGAAGACAAGAAUGGACUGGAAUAUCAAACCAGUGCUUUCCUUUAUUGUCAGUGCUGAGGGUGGAUGCAUGAACUCCAGUGAUGCAUCGAAACAAAGCACAGCGUGGCGCCUCCUGCAGGCUGUUUGUGGAAAAGCAGCAAAGUGACAUCAGAUCAAACAGUAGAAGGGCAUAGAUGGAAAUGUGCACACAGGGUUUAAAGGUUCAUUUCUGUCAGUUCAUGUAAUGGAUUUUAUUUUGCUUCCUCACUGUCAUCAUCCAAAACAACAAUAAAUCUGAAUUCUCCUCAGGAUUUUAGUCAAAAUUACAAACAACCUGGAUUCCUGACGCUCCGUUCUUGCAGCAGCGACGACCUUACACAACUCUAUUCCUGCAGAUUUGGACAUGUGAUGCUCUUCAAUUGCUCUUAAAGCCAGCGAUUUUGUUGCCAUGGCACUUGUCCUAGUGGUGGAUUGACUGAGUCAUCCUGAUGAACUGUGACGGCCCUCUGACCAUUGAUUUUUGACUUAAAGCUUCUGUGCACAGAGACAGGUCUCUGUAUGUCGUGUACCCAAAACUCACCGAAGCACCUCACCAGCUCCCAUUAUCACCACUGUCUGUCUCAGUGUGUGGGAAAACAGCUCUGAACGUAAAAUACUGUGGUGUUACACUCACUAACAAAUUCAUUAGAUUGUGACUAUAUCAUAAGAUGAAUUUAUUGUUAACAUCAUUUUAAAACUGUUAAGUUGUAAUUGUGCCUUUAAGAUGGAAAGUUUGAUUUUUUUUUUAUGUUUCUCAUUUAAUUUGUCUAAAAACAGCACAUGCAUCGACAUUAAAAUAAUUACCUUAAUUUUUAAUCCAUCAUUUGGUGAGCUGUUAUUACCUGGGUACACAUGUAAAAGUUCCACACCGAAUGGCGACUUGUGGAAAGAGACGAGGGCCAAAGACUGUUCAGGACUAAGCCAUAUGAAAAAACUCUUUCUGACGCUCUAGGACAGACUUGAAAGUGACUGCUGUUUCUUAGUCACCUAUUGUUUCACUCUGUUUUCUGCUUGUGGUGCUUGUAUGUGCUGCUGUGCUACAUGCCAAUUUAUUUUGCCGUGUAUAGCUAUUAAAAGUUAGUUACUGUGCCUAUGAUGAGUUCUGCUGUUUCUGUUUUAACUUUAAUAAAACACAUAAUUGUGAUCAUC